AUGGACAACUCAAGAAUGUACGGCCAGCGCAAGGGCAUUCAAAUGAGCAAUAUUCUUGGCGACCCCUUUGCUCUAGCCACUCUAUCUAUCGCCUCGCUUGCCUGGUUCAUGACCUUUAUUGCCUGUAUUUUUGGCAGGAUAGAGCAAAACAACGACUCCACGCUUGCCAAGGACGACCCUUUCCCAACGCUGGCCUGGUGGAGCUGUAUGUACAGCCUGUGCCUGAUUGUCGGCGUCUUUGUUGUAAUCGCAAGUGACGUUGUCCACACAUAUCACGUUGCUGUCACCGGUUAUCUCUCUGCAGGAAUCGUCUUGGUUUCGUCUGGUGUUAAUUCGUUGGUUUAUUCCAACCGCGGUGCACGCGAAGCUGCCGCUGCUGGCUUCAUUUUGCUCGCUGUCGUUAUAGUCCAAUGGACUUUCUACUUCGGAUCCAGCCCUUCUUCAACUCCCCGAGCUUUCCUUGACUCAUUCGCUCUCGCCAAAGAAUCCACCACCAUUCACCGAUCUACGAUGAACGCUUAUGGCGGUCGGCCCGAGACUUCCAACUCUGUUCAGCCUCCCCAAAUGUACACUUCCGCCCAGCUCAACGGUUUCGAGAACCCCUCGCCCGUUGGCGGUAUCUCUGGAGCACGCGGCUCUGCCGUUCCCCAAAGCUACACCAACUCUGUCAUGCAACAACAACCACCGCAAUCAAAGCCAGGUCACUCGCCAGGCAACGAUACCGCGGUCGUGCCACCUACCGAAUACCCUUACCGGGCCAAGGCUAUUUACAGUUACGAGGCCAACCCUGACGAUGCCAACGAGAUCUCAUUCUCCAAACACGAAAUUUUGGAGGUGUCGGAUGUCAGCGGAAGAUGGUGGCAGGCACGCAAAGAAAGCGGUGAGACGGGUAUUGCGCCCAGCAAUUACCUCAUCCUGUUAUGA